AGAACUACUGAUCAUCUUGCAACAAAUAAAAGUCAUAGGCUACACCACCAUGCAAUAGUUAGGCCUAUAUGACUAGUGCGAUAUGUUGUGGUAAGGAGAGUUAAUGUAGAGUCGUUACGUAUUAGUGUUACCAAUGCUGCAAAGCAGACAUGUAUAUUAUAAAGUUUAUGGGAACGGUAUUUUUAUUUAUUUAAGUAGCCUAUGCAAUUAGCCUACAUUGAAGAUGCCAGGAAAUUGAGUAGCCUAUGCUAUUGCCCAACUGAUCGCAAAAACAGAGUUUCAAAGGUACAGCUAUUGUGACGUCACUCAUCCGCGGCAGAGUGAGAGAGCGGCGACGAUCGGCUGCGGAGGAUACCGACCCCGCAGCGGGGACGGGACAACCGCCAGGCGAGAUGGCCCCUAUCCCUUUCUUCCUUGCAUCCCGCAUCGCAACGACCCCUUGGCACGCAUGAAGCCCCCGUUAAUGAAGCCAAAACCGGCCAAAGCAAGGCAGAAAAAGGCCACUGAGAGAGAGAAUGUACUGGCGCGUCGGGUUCGCCUGGACGCGCUCGUUUGUGGUUGAUCUUGGACGGAACCAGAGCUUCUCCUUCGGCUUGUGCGGCUCCAAUGAGCAGCUCUCGUUGUAUGGGUACAUCAUCGCCUACCCUCUGCAGGACUACGGCGGGAUCAUGCCGCUCCUUGGGUCGGACUCGUGGUGGCGGAAAACGCUCUAUCUGACCGGGGGCGCUCUGCUUGCCGCCGCUGCCUAUCUACUGCACGAGCUGCUCGCCAUCAGGAAAGAACAGGAGCUGAACUCUAAAGAUACCAUCAUCCUCCACCAGUUCUCCAGGCCAAAGAGUGGUGUCCCAUCUCUCUCCCCCUUCUGCCUCAAGAUGGAGACCUACCUGCGCAUGGUGGACCUGCCCUACCAGAACUACUUUGAUGGUAAGCUGUCUCCCCAGGGGAAGAUGCCAUGGAUAGAGUACAACCAGGAGCAGGUGUCUGGUACAGAGUUUAUCAUCGACUUCCUGGAGGAGAAGCUGGGCGUGAGCCUCAACAAGAACCUCAGUCCCCCGGAGAAGGCUGUGUCCCAGGCUGUCACCAAGAUGGUGGAGGAACACUUCUACUGGACCAUAGCGUACUGUCAGUGGGUGGACAACCUGGAGGAGACCCAGAAGAUGCUGGCAGUGAGUGGGCCACUGAGUGACCUACUCAAGUGGAUCCUGAGUCGCCUGACUGGCAGCAUUGUGAAGAGGGAGAUGUACGGCCACGGGAUUGGACGAUUCACCAAAGAGGAGGUCUACUCUCUAAUGGAGAAGGACAUGCGGACGCUGGCCACCCUACUCGGUGAUAAGAAGUACCUGAUGGGUCCUAAGCUGUCUAUGGUGGAUGCCACUGUGUUCAGCCAUCUAGCCCCUGCCAUGUGGACCCUGCCGGGCACAAGGCCAGAGCAACUCAUCAAAGGCGAGCUGAUCAACCUGGCCAUUUACUGUGAGAGGAUCCGCCGGCGCUUCUGGCCCGAGUGGUUUGUUGAUCUGGAGGAUUUCUGUUACGAUGACACCACAGAGGACGACGACUCCCCGUCCAAACUCCAGGACCUGGGGCUGUACUCCCGUACAGACACCUUCCAGGACGAGACCAGCCCUCCUCACACGCACACACACACAAUCUCACCAGACAGUGACCUCACGGGCCACUCGCUCUACGACUCGGACAUGGACACAGAGGGCUCUGAGAUGGAGCAGCUCAAGUGUUGACUGCCGUAUGACACACACACGACACACACACCGC